AUGCCACAGCAGCUUGAGUUGCAAGCCACACAACCGCAAGCCGCGCUCCAGAAUGUGACGCUGCCUUUGUCGCCGCGUAAACUGUCCAGGGGCAAACGCUUUGUGGCCUUUCCCUUGGGCUCAUCAGCAUCUGCUGCUCUUUGUCUAACCACCGGCGUUGUGGGCAAUCCCCAUCUGUUGUAUCUGAGUUUUGGUCUCAAUUGGGGCAUUGCCUACGAUUUGCCAAACAUCACAUGGGUGCUGCACAAUGCCCAUGGCUGGAACAUAAAGCGACCGUUCUCAGCACUUGCCAAAAUCAAGCGCAGACAUCGCCGUGAUCUCUAUGGCAAUCUGGAGACAAUGAUGGACAGCAUGGGCUACAAUGGACGCGACUGCAUUUUGCGCACGCUCUGCGAGAGUCGUCAGUACUUCCAAAGCACCAAGAUGAACAUGAUUGGCGAAAUGCUGCGCACCAUAUUCACCCUACCCAAGCAGCGAAUUUUUACACGCGAGCUGGAUGAACACGCGGAUAUAGUGCACUAUGAUAAUGCCUAUCGGCAUGCACACAAUUUUGAUUGCGCCCAGCAGUAUGACUGUCAUUUCUCAUUGAUUGAACUGGCAUUUGGCAAAUAUUCGAAGCCACCUGCAAAUUAUUAUGCUGCAUGA